GCGGAGACACUUCCUUUCCUGGCCGACUCGGCUGCGGCGUCACCAGGACCAUACGGACAGACUUUGUUAAAGUUUCUGCCCUGGUGGUUCUCCCGGUCCAGACAUGGCUCCCAGUACGCAACUGAAGGAGGCAAUAGCCGAAGUGCAGGAGGGGAUCCGCGCCAUCCUGCUCGGACCACCCGGAGCCGGGAAGGGGACUCAGGCCCCUCGCCUCGCAGAGCAGUACUGCGUCUGCCACCUGGCCACCGGAGACAUGCUGAGGGCCAUGGUGGCUUCAGGCUCUGAGCUCGGAAAGAGGCUCAAGGAGACCAUGGAUGCCGGCAAACUGGUCAGCGAUGAGAUGGUUGUGGAGCUCAUUGAGAAGAACCUGGACACACCAGCCUGUAAGAAGGGAUUCCUGCUGGACGGAUUCCCCCGAACAGUCAAACAAGCAGAGAUGCUUGACGACUUGUUGGACAAGAGACACGAGAUGCUGGACUCUGUGAUCGAGUUUGCCGUCGAUGACUCUCUGCUGGUCCGCAGGAUCUGUGGCAGACUAAUCCAUCAGCCAAGUGGCCGCUCGUACCACGAGGAGUUCAACCCCCCCAAAGAGGCCAUGAAGGAUGACGUGACAGGUGAGCCACUCAUCCGCCGUAGUGACGACAACGAGGCGACGUUGCGCUCUCGCCUGGACGCCUACCACCGGCAGACGGUCCCUCUGGUUCAGUACUACAGAGCCAGGGGCCUGCACACGGCCAUUGACGCUGCCCAGAACCCAAACGUUGUCUUCGCCUCCAUCGUAGCUGCCUUCUCCGCCGCCACGGAAACCCCAGCCCGUGCCACCGCCUCUGGUUGAAUCCUGAGCUCCUCCAUUUCCACCGAGGGUGAAGGAUUGGAGCUGGCAAAAGAGCUCGGGUGGGUGGACAGACGGAGGGAGGGAGGGAGGCGGGGUGGUGGUCAGACAAUAGACGGGGACGGGGAUUCCUUAGACUUCAUAAGUUAAGGCUAAUUUUGCGGUGCUGUCGGGCUUUUAGUCGUCAGCACUUUUCUAUUCCCUGUAGAUUCUGAGAAGAUUUGAGCAAAGCCAUCUUAAUAUCAUAUUCAUCAUGUUUCCCCUUCUAAUAAAUAUCUUGCUUUUCUACAAUCAUCA